AUGGGAAGUGUUAACAACAAAGCCCGACCUUUCGGCGGGCAGCACCACCACCACCAGCCUCUAUGCACCCGCACGCACCAGAUCGGAGCCCUCCUCUUGGUCGCCGCCACCUUCUUCUUCACAAGUCUCUUCGACCGCUCCUUCCGCCCCUGCGCCUCUCACUUCUCCACCGUCGAUCUCAUCCCCACUUCACGGAGCUCCGUCCAUGUCUCCGACGGUCGAGAUCUCUUGUGGCCCCAUCGGGGGUACGGGCCCCACCUCGACCUCAAAAUCUACGUCUACGAUGACCUCGAGAUCGAUGGCCUCAAGGCCUUGAUGCACGGGAGGGAUGGCACCAUCGACUCCAGCACUUGCUUGAAAGGUCAGUGGGGCACUCAGGUUAAAAUACACAGGCUACUGCUAAAAUCGAGGUUCCGAACACAGAAGAAAGAGGAAGCAGACCUAUUUUUUGUGCCUGCGUAUACUAAAUGCGUUCGAAUGAUGGGUGGUCUUAAUGAUAAGGAGAUUAACCAGUCAUAUGUGAAGGUGUUAAGUCAAAUGCCAUAUUUCAGGCGAUCUGGCGGCCGUGACCACAUAUUUGUUUUCCCUAGUGGUGCUGGAGCUCACCUAUUUAGAUCUUGGGCAACAUACAUAAAUCGUUCCAUUAUUCUUACCCCUGAGGGUGAUCGCACUGAUAAGAAAGAUACAAGUGCCUUCAAUACGUGGAAAGAUAUCAUUAUUCCUGGGAAUGUUGAGGACGGGAUGACUACAAAUGGGGCCACCUUGGUUCAUCCUUUGCCAUUGUCAAAACGGAAGUUUUUAGCAAACUAUUUAGGCCGUGCACAAGGAAAGGUUGGCCGUCUUAAGUUGAUAGAGCUUUCAAAACAAUUUCCAGAUAAGUUGGAAUGUCCAGAGCUGAAGUUCAGUGGUCCUGACAAAUUGGGAAGGAUAGAUUAUUUUGAACAUCUGCGCAACGCCAAGUUCUGCCUUGCUCCACGUGGGGAGUCAUCUUGGACUCUUCGUUUUUAUGAGGCUUUCUUUGUGGAGUGUGUCCCUGUGAUAUUAUCAGAUCAAGUUGAAUUGCCUUUCCAGAAUGUUGUUGACUACACCCAGAUAUCAAUUAAAUGGCCGUCCACUCGAAUAGGUCCCGAGUUUUUGCAGUACCUAGAGUCAAUACCAGAUGAAAAUAUAGAGGGGAUGAUAAGCCGUGGCAGACAAGUAAGAUGUUUAUGGGCCUAUGCUUCUGAAUCAGCUUCAUGCUCUGCAAUGCAUGCAAUUCUUUGGGAACUUCAGAGGAAAGUCAGGCUGUUUCACCAGUCAACUGAAACAUUCUGGCUGCACAAUGGAUCUGUUGUAAAUAGAAACUUGGUACAGUUUUCCGAUUGGAGACCUCCAAUGCCUUUGCCUUGA